AUGCACUCUUUAGUCUUUAUUACCGCCCUCAGUCUUUCGAGCUACGGAUGCAUGGCGAAAUCUGGUAGCUACCCGGGAAAUCCAUGUGAACGGGUCGGCGCUAAAUGCGACCCCGUUGUCCAAAACUUUUGCCAAGGCAAGUACGACGCUACAGUUGACUUGCCAUGUGGCCCUCAUGGAUUUGUUGGCGUUGGCUGUUGCUGGCAUGGACCUCCUCCUCCAAAGUGA